CUAGCUAUGGCACAGAUUGAAAUCACUAUCUAGAUACACAGAAACAAUCUCCCACAUGCAGACCUUCUUGAUUCCGCGGACAGAGGACAAGCUCCGUGCUCCCCAACUCUGUGCAAAACUGCCUCUUGUAACGGCAAACAGGAAACCACUUGGAUAGUUAUAAUUUAGAUUUCAUUUCGAAGGAAAUUACUUCCACUGAUAGAUAUGCUUCUGUUAAUCCUGAGUCUGACACUCGAUACCUCUUCUUUCCAGGGCUCAUUCGAAUCGAAUUUCCAGAGCAAUUUUGGAAAGACGCUCAAAGUAUCAAGUACCACUUUGGUUGGAAUACUUGAAACAUCUCAAAAAACCGAGUUUUUUGAUCCUCGCUGCCUUCAAGUCCUCAUUCUGAGGAUAGUGUUCACGUUCGGCCUUGCCCCUGCCAGUAACAUAAUGCAUGAUGUCCCUUCACUACAACAAUUCUGCUCUGUGUGGAAGAGUGGGAUCUGCUGGUGCAACGAUGAUGGGAUCACCGUGCACCUCGAGCUUGCCGAAAAUGGCCGAUCUCUUGCUCUCAAAAUGCGCUCUGACAAAGUUCGACCUGAAGGUCUGAUUCAUCGCUCCAGAAUUAUGAGCACAAUCCGUGAGACUGUUGAAUGUUUUGGCCGCAAUGUGAAUGUGAUUGAAUCAGUGAUUGAUCCAGAUGAAGUUGUCAAGCAUCCUCUGAAAAAUCUCCUGACCUCCCACUGGUUAACAUCAAAGAUAUUGCAGCAGCUGUCUCCUCCAACAGAAUAAUGAUCAAAUCAACACAACAAGUUGGCCUCACCGUUGCACAUCUCUUACAGUUUGAGCCGUACGCUGGCCUGGAUCAAACCACAAUACAGUGUAUCCACAGUGACAAGAAUACCAAGAAAUAUGAGAAAAUCUCCAGAGCUUUCAUUUCCCAUUUUGCCGAACUGGUUACCAAUUCAGAUAAUGAAAAUCCAGAUCAAGUUGCUCGAAACAGUCGCAUGUUCAGAAUAAGGCUGGGUCCAUCUCAAAUUUCAGUUGUUAAAAUUCAGUCGGUCAGUCCCAGACAGGAGGUGAUCCAGACCCUUGAGACAUGGAGGAGUGAGACUGAGGGAACUUACAGCUGUCUGAGGGAGACUCUCAACAAGUACAGCGUCUUCACUGGUAGAAACCCUCUGGAUCUAGCUGGUGUGGCUCAUGAUGAUAAUGAUCCCUCUGUGCUUAGUAUCAGUGGUGAUGAUCAAAAGGAUCCAGGGACUACCAGCCUCCAUGAGUUGAUGGUCAAGCAUGGAGUCACUGACGAGCAGUUGGAUAGAGAGAUUGAACAAGACGACCUUGCUCCAGUAGCUAUGCACUUUGAUGAUGUGGAGCUCUACCUCAACCCACUUAAGCUGACUGACAAUGAACAAGCUGACGUGAUGCGAGAGACUUAUUUAAGUAGAAGCAAUCAAGUGGCAGUGAUCAACAGUUUGUCAAUCUGGAGAAGUCACGAACCCAGCGAAGCAACCUUUAGAGCACUGAUUAGUAUCUUAUUGGAUAUGGGGAAGGAAGAGAUUGUUACCAAGAUCUGCCAGUACUUGAAAAGGGUGGUUCUCUCCAAUUUGAAAGUUCAGCAGCAGCUCAGUUCUAACUUGAAGAAAAUCUAGAUCUACGUCCAAGUGGAGAGUACACUUAAUCACUACAGUUGUAGUUUACCACUUGAUCACUUCCUCUCUAACAGUGUACAUGUUGUAUACAGUGUGCUAUAAUUAUAGUUUCAGUGAUUUGCAGCUUUGAUUUAUACCCGAAAUCAUGUGUACUGCUUGAAUCACUAGUAUACCUUCUUUAC